UACACAAUGGCCGUAAUAGCUUCAGGUCUCCUGGGGUGAUUGUAGGGCGGGGUUGAAGAGCUGAGGACUCCGGACAGGGCCGAACACUUCUGAGAGUCCGUUGAAGGAAAGUUCAAGCAGUAAUCACAGCUCUCGGCAGCUUUGUACAGCUACUGAAAGAAACGCAGGAUUUACAGCAUCCGAAGGAGGUGUGUAGAUCGCCUUUGUACUGUGCAACAGUCUCUGAUUAAUCCAGAGUUAGACAUGUUCAAUAAAACUUUGAUCUGAUGUAGCGGGGACGGCCACGAUAUACAGGAAGGGCAGGCUUUGAUGAUUGGAGGCCAAUUCUUGUUCACUGUUAGACUGAAAACGUGAACACUUCACACCUACAGACUGAUAGCCUCCCGCCAGUGAGCGCGGCAAACUCUCCAUGUCGUCUGCUCGGCUAUAUGUUGCGGGGACGCUCGCCUCUCGCGAGCCCAUCAUUGAUCAAUAGACAGAGUUUGUUAUGUAUGGAGGUAACACCGAUAUGAUUUAGAGCUUUAAAAGUAGCCAAGCUGGAACAGCGGACGGGCGCUUUAGCCAUUCGGUAUCGUCUGCUGCAAGGGCGACCACUUGCUCUCCGCUCGCGGGAAUUUGAACGGGCGUUUAUCUCGCUGCUACGUCACAGGGCAGGAGAGUCGUCAGCUUGUCAUGUGUUCGGUUGAAUGUCACAUCCGACUGGAGCACUUCUUAACUAGGUCAAAUUCCGACUACACCAUAUGAAGCGAAGCAUGUUGUGAACUGAUCACGGAUAACGGUGGAGUUUACUUUCCGGGGAUUUUCCAAUGCCUAGUGAGCGAGUGUGACGAAAUCGGUGUGUCCAGUCAUUCAAGUUUGUCAGCGACAUGGCCACGAAGUCGGAAAAGUUAGCUCUGUCUAUUUUCACCGCAGUUCUGUUGCUUGUGGGGUUUGGGCUAGAACUUUCGGGCUCGUUUGUCCCGAUGUGGACAGCCCCUGUUAAUAAAACAGAGGGCGAUGUGAGAUUUAGUCUGUGGACUCGCGUGGAGUGUUUCGAUACUAUUUGUACAACAAAACAGCUUAGAAUAAAGUGGGAGACAACCGAGUGUGUGGAAGAAAAUGGACAGGAAAAUUGCAAGAAAACGUCUGGAUACAAAACCAAGCCCAAAACUGAGUGCAGGAAGGCAGACUAUUGUAACAGUACUUGGCAUCACGAAGAAGAUUUCGACAGGGUGCCUUCUUUACUUAUGGUCUCCAAGUGUUUCGUGACGCCAGGAUUUGUGACGGGGUUUAUCGCCCUGAUAUUAUACAUCAUCAAAAUCAUCCUCAUGAUGCGGACCCAGGUCAAAACGUUACAUCUCAAGGCCGCGUACUUGACCUUCGCAGCUGUUGGAGGAGCUGCCGCUGGAGUAGGAGUGAUAAUAUUCUGUGCCAUGCUUGAUAAGGAUGUGUACAAGCUGGAAUGGGGACCCGCACUGCCAGGAGUUGGCGGGAUCCUGCAGUUGGGUGUGGCGUUUGGAGGAUAUCUCAGCUGGAGAGAUAAAUAUGGCGACGAUUUCGAUGACAUAAGUCUGUCAUCCGAUCGCCCCAUUGAGAAACCAACAAAAAGGAAAAGGGAUUACAUUGAUUGGGAAACGUCCAACAAUUCCGAAAUAUACCCCGCGUCUACCCCGCUACCUGUGACUUCAAACGUAUGACGUCAGGGGUCAUGUUACGUGUAAUACGCCAUUACAUAUGUGAUAAAUCACUGGACUACAGAGGUCGUAGUUGAAGAGAGGAUACGAUGGAAUGUAUCUGAUAUUGGUGCUGAAGAUGGACCCCGCAUCAAAUGCUUUUACGGGACCAUUAUUUAGACGCCAAAAUGUGUACAGGAGACGUAUUUCUUCCGUUCAGAACCGGGAGUUGGAUAUAUGUGUUUAAUGCUGCCAAUGAAAAGAUGAGGAUGAUAGUACAAUCAAAGGGACCAAAGACGUCAUAAAAGCAGGAACCGGCAGUUCUUCGACCUCUACCAAUCGGUGCCUCCCGCUACUCGGGCAAAUACAACAGCUCAUCCAUAGUUUUUAGUGGCCUGCGAUCCCGAAUUUUGACAAGAACGGUGCACCAUACAUGUCUUCCACUGCCCCCAAACGCACGGACAUUACGUGCGCGCAAUGUCUUCCUCAUUUCGAAGACAUUGACAGUUGACUGGUGGCAAGGUUAGACUCUGAAGUAUGCAGAGCUCAGAUGGUGGAUAUUUUUCAAGAAUAUGUGUAUAAUAAUAUAUCUGAUGUUUCAAAAGAACGUGGAAUUUGUAUCUGUUAAUGCUUAAUGGGUGUUUUUGGUUCACAUUUUGCCUUAUAUGGAAGCUGUUUUUGUCGUAGCCUUAAUGUGAGAGAAUUUUACCGUCCCGUGUCCAUCCGGGUUCCCUGACUCUGACAGAAGACCCAGAGUACCCGGAUGCCCCGUGUCUGAGAUGCUGCUAGUCGGCCAACUUGUAAUAGCUUUAGUCCAAACUUUGUAUUGAUAUGUCUCCGCUAAGUCUGGCAGUAAUCAUCUUGGUUAAUAACCUUUUGGAAUACACAUCCUGGCUUAUCCUGGCAUAUCCUGGCUUCAUACUUAGUGCGGGGAAUAAAAACUGGUGGAAUGCGUUAUAACGAAGAAUUCCAGAACAAAUCCCCGAUAUAAGGCAUUGGUACAGCAAUUGUUAUCAAGCCCGCAAUGAAAGCAGUAAAGGCACUUUAAGCGAUGUAGGAAAUACCUUUAACAGUUUUUUCCAAUCUCUGGGUCUUAAAAACGGAUAAUUUAUCCCUUAAUUUUUUUAAUUACCCAAUUUAUUUUCCAAUUUAAAACUUAAAUUGCCGCGUGAGCUGGAAGGGUAGUGUUUUGUGUCAGAAGUGUGAGAGAGGGAACCGCGAUUCGAAGGCAAUUCACGUUUCAACUGUCAUCUCCUUGGCUAUUAGAGAAGUAAUCGAAGAAAAUCGACAUUCCCCUUGCUGAGCAAAAGUAAAUAUUCUUGCUGCGUUUGACUGUCUUGAAGCUAAGCUUCUGUUAACAACCAAAUCUCCACACAAAUACUAUACAGCUCAUGACGAAGGAUCUCAACCUGAUUAAAGCGAAGAAGAGACAUUUGGAUCGGGUUUUUUCGUCAGUAAGAUACCAAAAGGUCAUUUGAGUAUUAAUUUGGUUCAUUUGAACAACGAACACGACUGCCUAAUCCCCAACAGUGACGCAUCGUUGCUGCCCUCUUUCAUAUCUACAUUACAUGUAGCACGCGCAGCAAUGGAGCUGAGCAAACCUGAUAAAGGUCAUGGCUGUAAGGCAGGAUAACUCUUGACAAUCGAUUGGAUACCACUGUCUGUUAUGUCUAUGAAUGUAAUCGAAGGUUACCUAGUCAUUAACCAUUCAUCGUUGAUUUCAGCGUUCGAAAUACCUGCCUGCCCGACCGUCCGAGACGGGUUGAUUUCAACUCGGGCUGUCAGAUUUUCAAAUCCCCCUGCCCGACGGUCGGGUUAUAUUUCAUAGGUGAAAAUAUUCUAAAUAUUUCCCGAUGAUAAGCA